AUGCAGGCACCGCCGGCGUGGGUCAUGCAGACGAUAGCGAGGCUUCCGCCAUCCGUGCAGCAGCGAGUGCAGGAGCUCCUCAUGCGCGUCAUGAAGGACAUGUUCCUUCCUGCUUUGGCGACAAUCCCGGCCGUUUGGGCCAUCGCUUACGUUCCCCACUUUCUGCAGCUGGGUCUCGUGCUUUCCAAGACGGGGACGCGGGAGAACACCAACCGAGAGCCGCGGACCACGGACCUUGAGCAGAAAGGUGCUCGCACGACGGACCUGGAGCAGAAAGGUUCUCACAGGAGAAGUAGUCGGGACCGGGAGCACGGCAGCCGAGACCCGCGCACGAAUGACCUGGAGCAGACUGCUGCUCACAGGAGGAGUCGGGAUCGGGAGAGCCGUGAGCCGCGCGCUGUCGAAAUUGAACAGACCGUGGCUCACCGGAAGCUCAUCCAGCGCUGCCUUGCGUGCCAUGUGAAUGCCUUAGGGAGUUUCCCGGCCUUUGCUGCAGCCGUGAUUCUUUGCAAGCUGCAGAAGGCCAAGCCCAUGGAGGCAGCGCGGCUGUGCUACCGUUACCUCUUCAUGCGCAUACUGUACACGGCUUUCUACCUUGGGGGCAACAACAACGCUGUGGUUGGGCUACGCACACUCGCGUGGAUGGACAGCACCUACUGCAUCGCGCGUCUCUACACCACUGCUCUUUCAGCCGCCAAGUGA